GCACCAAAGCGACGUCGUGGAGAUGCAGCCUCUCUCAGCCUCUGGCUUUUUCUUCAGAGGCAGUAGUAGCUAAGCAGGAGGACUGGGACAAAAUCCAAAAACACCAAAUUCCAAAAGAGAUUAGAGAUCUAGUCCCAAUGGAAGACCUGUGGAAGCGAGCCAAGAACUUCGCGGAAGAAGCCGCCAAGAAAUCCCAGACCAUCACCACCUCCUCCGCCUCCGCCAAAAUCUCCGACUUAGUCUCCGAGACCGCCAAGCGAUCCCGCGAGUUCGCCGCCGAGGCCUCCAAGAAAGCCGACGAGAUCAAAUCCGCCGCCCUCAAGCAAGCCGAUCAGAUCAAGUCUCUCUCCGUCUCCGAGAUCAUACCUCCUCAGCUCUCCAACCUCUCCCUCGUCAACUCCUCCUCCUCCGCCUCUGCCUCGGUCAAUGAGCCUUCGCCGGAGGAGCUUCAGAAGUUUGGAGUCUCCGACGAUCUCAGAGACUUCGUCAAGGGACUCACUUCCGAUACCUUCAAGCACUUUCCGAUCCAAGAUGAAGCGGAGGAGGUUUCUGAGGUGCCGACUACGGCGUCGAAUGUGAGGAAGGAUCUGACUGAGUGGCAGGAGCGCCAUGCCACUCUGGUUCUCACUACUGUUAAGGAGAUUUCGAGGUUAAGAUAUGAACUGUGCCCACGUGUUAUGAAAGAAGGAAGAUUCUGGAGGAUAUAUUUUACCCUUGUGAGCAGUCAUGUGGCUCCAUAUGAGAAGCAAUAUAUGGAGGAGUUGAAGCUCAAGGAAGCAGAGCAAUUGGAAGAUGAUAAAGCGAAGCAAACACCUGUUGUUGGAGAGGCUGAUAAAGCAGAAGGAAGUGAAACAAACAAGAAGAGCUUAACUUCCAAAUCUUCAUCAACUGAGCAGGACUUGGAUACAUUCCUUUUGGGGGAUCUUGAAGACAGCGAUGGGGGUCAAGAUGAUGGCAACGACAAUUUUGAUGAUGAUUUCGACAAGAUUGGCGAUUCGGAACAUUUGUUUCACAAAUAAAGUACUGCAAAUAAUAGGAGUCAUCUAUUGGAUACUUGCAGGAUGUUGAUGAUGAAAAGCAUGUGAAGAAAUGACAUCUGCAGCCGUUCAUAAAUUUUUUACUAGGGACACUAUGAAGCAGAACGCAAACAUGGUUCUGUAACAAAUGGAUGAAUCAUGGAACUACCACCCAGCAAAGGGAAAAACACUGAGCUGUUUUUCAUUAUCUCUGAUUUCUUAUUUUUUUAAAUUUCUUUUGGGAGCUGUAGAGUUGAUUACUUUGUAGAACCUGAAGCGAGAUGGCAUUUAAAGGUCAUUCAUUUGUUAUAUUUGUCCUAGAGAGUUGGUGAUUCCCGUUUACGUCCAGAUGGGUCGACCCAACUGCCUGAUUGUGUACAGUUUACCUGAUUAUGUUGAAUAUAGUGUAUCUAUACGUGCGCCAUAAAUUCGUUCA